AUGGCACACUUGCUUUGCUUCAUCUGCUCGAAACUGCGCUAUUGGGUCAGCAAAACAAAGAUGUGCUCUGGAAAAAUGCUCAUCACCACGCAGCCACUUGUACAGCAUAUGGAAAAGGUGGCCGCUCUCCACCUGCGCCGCCAGAUCGAAGCUUGUCGAUGCCUACGUCCCCAUGAAGAGUUCAUUGACUCCUUAGCAGGCGGAGGAGUUGCCGCUAUCACGAAAGCCGACUACACUCGCAAGCUCAAUCACACAACAGGUUUUGGCAUGGAUGGCCCGGUGACAAGCAUCGAUCUGGCUUUGAUUCAAAGCAUAUCAACACGCAAGGGAGUGACACCAGAAAUUGACUUGUGUUCACUUGCACACCCUACGGCUCUUCAGGUCCUUACAUCCAGUUGCUGGACUGUAAAUGGCUUUCUCAACGCGUAUGCAUAUGCAUUACAUGAUCUUGAUUAUUCGGCUAGUGGCGUUACAUCCGACAUACAGAUUCACAAAGCGCAAGAGGAUCAGAUGGAAGACUUCGUUCGAUCCUCUGUGCAGGGCUUUAAAGAUGGAGGUCGGCCUCUAGAUCUCCUGUGUCUUCUCGCGGAAAGUGCAGCCAACCGGAAGGACACAACCAUAUAUCUAGCCACUCAGAACGGUGUUAUUAUAGGGUCGGGUGGAAUGGCUGUCAUCGACACGGAUAUCGGACCCAUCGCACAUCUUCACAUUGACAGCACCUUACCAAGCUGGCGUGGAAGGGGAGUGCAUGCGGCGUUGAUCCAUGCUCGCAUACAGGAUGCAAGAGAAUGCGGCUGUGUUUUGGCAACACUGGAAACUCGCCCUGGCUCUGGUAGUAGCCGAAAUGCUGAGAGAAUGGGAUUCAAGCUGGCCUACACGAAAUCUACGUUUACUCCAUCCAACCGGGAAUGA